AUGCACAUCUCAUUUGACAGCUGUGAUCGAGAUGACGACCAAAAAACCAGAGAAACCUGCAAGCGUCUCUUCACAGUAAGAUUCUACGAACCAAACAAAGCGAUCAAAAAAUGUAAAGACACGCACUCCAGCCAAGGCCUUCGUCCACUCACUUAUUCCACGGAGGUCGGAGCCCACUCGGUGCUGGCCCCUGCCGCCACGGAGAUGCUAGUCGGCUGUGCGGGCAGCGCGAGGCUUGUGUCUCCCGCCCACGUACCGCGGGCAGCGAGGGAAGCACCGGCGGGUGCGAUUGUGAGUGAGCGCGGGCGCGCGCGGGGCGGGGGCGGGGCGCGCCGCGCUGGCCUGGCCGCGCGCAAGCGCAGAGCGCGGGAGCCGGGCCCGGCCGCCGCAGAGCGCCGGGGGCGGGAGGAGAGCGAGCCCAGGAGGCCAUGGCCGCCGCCGCUGCCGCCGCCGCCGCCGCCGGCUGCUGAGGGGCUCGGCCCGCGAGCGCCUGCCUCCGCGGACGAUGGUGACCGCACGGGUCGGGCCGCUGCCGCCGCCGCUGCCUCCACCUCCCAAGACGCAACAACCAAGGCCCGGCGCGGAGGAGCCGCCGCUGUGAGCCGCACCGUCCCGGCCCCCACCGCCGCCGCCGCCGUCCGAGGAGAACGGGAGGCGGGCGAGAGAGCCGGGGAGUUGCGGAGCCCGCCCGUCCGCCCGCAGCGCCGCGCCGCCGGGAGGGAGGCCGCAGCCCGAGGAAGAUUAUUUAAAUAAUCUUGUUCAUUUAAGAUAAUCAGAAUUACAGGAUUUAUAAAAAUGCUAAUUCUGUGUUACUGACAAGAAAACAGCAUUUGGAUUAUCGUGAUGGUUGAUACAUGAUCACUGAAAAACUUGGGU